AUGUUUAAGCACUGUGUCAACUACUUUGAAGUUACAGACCUUCCAGUCUGUUGGCAGCGUGUUUAUCUUCGUGAAUCCCAGCCCCAGAACGAGCACUUCACUCACUUCUGGACGCAUAUCUCUAGCCUGACCUCACACAAAAGGGCCGAAUGGUUGCUAGACACCGGUUCCACCAAGAGUUGCUCGAACUUCUCGCAGCCUCGGCCACUCACGUCUUUGUGGGUCCAACCACAUAGCUCUCGGUGGGCCCCGCUCACGCAGCCCAUUGUCUCUUCCUUCAGGACACUUUUGCACACUUUUUGCUCGCUUCGUCAGGUGAGACAGGCGCACGAUAAACUGUGGGAUUUAAUAAUCGUUGACAUUUCACCACCGGCCGAGGUGGAACACACUGCAUACAGCAAGCCUGUUAUAGGGGACGGGUCCACUUUCGCCUUUCCCGUCUCCCGGAACACCUAUUGUGACAUGCUGCUCAGUCGAGUGUCUCGUACGCGGUAUCUCAGCUCAUGCGCACAGGUCGCGUGCGCCGCCCGCCACCGAGCCUCAUCUGCCGGUCCGAGUCUAACCGAGACUGGCCCUAUCCUUUCGCCUCCUACCAGUCCGCCACCCAUUUGGUUGUCGCGUCGUGAGGUCUUGCUGAUCCACUUCCAACCCUCUUCCUGUCCCAGACACACCGGACCACACUCGCGUCAAUACGCUGGCUAUCACCACCACAACCUGCGCCACCACAAUCAUCGUAAUCCUCUGGCUCCUCUGAGUCAUCCUCAUGAGAUCCCUGAAGCAAAUAUCUGCACACAGCCUCAUCUGUCCGGUGAACUCACGGUUCACUCCACGAGAAUAGACGAGAGCAAUGCCCCAUUUCCAUUCCUCUAUUGCUCCAUCGCCACGGACACCGCUUUAGCUAACGUUGUCUCAAAUUCGGCUACACUCACCAAUCCAACUGUCACCACUGCCCCUUUCACCUGUGGCCUAGUUACCGACACCUUUGCCUCUGCCACAGACACAGUCGCAAGAGGUAGUCUCGUUGCUCCAUCGUCGAUAGGUGACACCGGCGUUUCUGCUCUACCGGCUGCCAUGGCGAUUGCCAAUCAGGUUGCAUCCCCUCCUCAGGGCAGACAAGACCUGGCACCAGCUAGGCUCCAUCCGAACAAGGCUCCAGCCGACCCAGUUUUCCGAGCCAAUUCUAUUUUUGGCGGAACCAGAGACGAGCCCAAACCAAUUCUGCGCCCCGCUUAUCCCUCUUUAUCCACCUCUGAGCCCAUCUCCGGCUCAGAUCUUGGCUAUUCUCUGUGUUCGGCCUCUUUGAUGCUUCCGCUUUCUUCUACGACCCAUGAGGGACGCUAUCUUUGGCCACCGUCCAGCCCACCACGCCUCGGAGCCUCGGAGGCGGACUCCGAGAUGAAGGGAGCGAUGUCCGAGACCAGCCUUGCGCAACCAUACGACGCGACAAAUCCCCUCCCCAACGGCCCCUUCCCUCGGACGCAUCUUAGCAACGGGCCGACUUCAGGGCUCGGCCGGGACUAUGACAAGGGGGGGCGUCACGAGGAUACACGAGAUUUGGAGGCUGCGGUGGAAGAGGACGAAGCUUCGGUGGCUCACAUGGCCAGCAGUUCUAGGAGGCGAAGGACCUUGGAAGUUCAGCACAGUCCCCACUCCUUCGAGUCUGUCAGUCGAGAGAAGAAUGAGCUCUCCUCAACUCGAAAGUUUCCAGUCCGCCUCGAUUCACCCACAGACUGCCAGACCGGUGCUCCCGAUGCUGCUAAUCUGUAG